GGUUUCUUCAAACUGUUCUGUCCAAUUCUUUUUGUUCACUGGUUAGUCUAAUAUGGCCGGAAGCAGAAGCAUAGGCUCAGAGCCAAUCCAAGAUUCCCCAGACCCAAAUUCCAAGAAAGCCAGGGGUUUAACCAUUGAAGGGUACCCAGUUGAGGGUUUAUCAAUUGGAGGCCAAGAAACCUGUGUCAUCUUUCCGUCUCUCAAAUUGUCAUUUGAUAUUGGACGAUGCCCACAACGCGCAAUUGCCCAAGACUUCCUCUUCAUCUCACAUGCCCACAUGGAUCACAUUGGAGGACUGCCAAUGUAUGUUGCAACUCGUGGGUUAUACCGCAUGAAGCCCCCAACGAUCAUUGUACCAAAGUGUAUUAAAGAAGUGGUUGAAGAACUCUUUGAGGUGCACAGAAAAAUGGACCAAUCGGAGCUGAAGCAUAAUUUGAUUGGCUUGGAUGCUGGAGAAGAAUUCCAUAUAAGAAAGGAUCUCAAAGUAAAAGCUUUUAGGACUUAUCAUAGAAUACCAAGUCAGGGUUAUGUAGUAUACUCGGUAAAACAUAAACUUAAGCAGGAGUAUGUUGGCCUAUGUGGGACUGAAAUUAAGAAAAUGAAAGAAUCAGGUGUGGAGAUUACAAACAUUUUGAUAGAACCUCAAGUUGCUUUCACAGGAGAUACCACGGCUGAUUUCAUAGUUGACAAUAGCAAUAUUGAUGUGCUGAGGGCAAAGAUACUUGUCAUGGAGAGCACCUUCCUAGAUGAGUCAAUUACAGUGGAGCAUGCAAGGGAUUAUGGACAUGUUCAUCUGUCUGAGAUAAUUAAUCACGCAGAAAGAUUUGAAAACAAAGCAAUUCUUCUUAUUCACUUUUCAGCUCGAUACACUGUAAACGAAAUUCAACAAGCUGUAGCGGCGUUGCCUCCUCCCUUAGCAGGGCGAGUUUUUGCACUUACAGAAGGUUUUUGAUGACAAGCUGGUCUAGAGUUUUGUCUUUUCAUGACAUCAAUUUGGCAACUUGAAUUUGUGCGCUGAAGAAAAAGCACAUGAGAAACCACCAAUGCAUCGCGGAUAUUCUCGCAUAAGAUCAAGAU